CUUUUGUCUAUGUAUGUGGUACAAUCAACAAUAAAAUGUUACUCUGUAAAUGUGCGUAUCUUUAUAUAAAAUUAAUGCAGAAGGGAUGCACGAUCGUGUACGAGGGAGAGGAAAAUCAACCUUUAUGUUGUUGCAUGCAGGACAAUUGAAGAUAAAAAAUUCUCACAGGGUUGGAAGGACAAAAAAAUGCGAUUGUGGAAGUCAUUGAAGGUGGAUGAAUGAAGCGAUUUUCGGAUGAAUUUGAUUUUGUUGCAACAUUAUGAAACAAUUGUCAGAUGUGUGAAUAUUAUUGAUACCCAAAUGUCUUCAUAUAUCAUCAUAUUUUUUGGAAAUUUCAAAUAUUUCUAAAAAAAAUAUUCAAGUCUUGAUGCUUAAGAAUUGACCAAAUGACGUUUUUAAGAAUCUGAAAACACUUUGAACCAAAGUGACAUCAAAAUUGCU